AUGUCUAGAGUUUCAUGUUUUAGGAAGGAUGUUGGCAAAUUUGGGGGUUUAAAAUCUUUAGAAAGAACUGGGAGCUCUUUGGUGAGGGUACCAUCCAUCGCCACAGCUGCUUGGAGUCAGCAGUUCCUGGCAUUUGAGGACACUGGCAAGAUGCUUGUGGAGCCUGAAGUGGCCAUUCACUGGAUCAGGAUCAGCCUCACUAGCUGCAACGUGAAGUCACUCGAGAAGAUGUGUGUGGACCUGAUUAGAGGAGCCAAAGAAAAGGAAUUGAAAGUGAAGGGACCUGUUCGAAUGCCCACCAAGACACUUCGAAUUACAACUAGAAAAACUCCUUGCGGUGAAGGUUCUAAGACUUGGGAUCGCUUCCAGAUGAGAAUCCACAAACGUCUUAUUGAUUUGCACAGUCCUUCUGAAAUUGUGAAGCAGAUCACUUCUAUCAGCAUUGAACCAGGUGUAGAAAGUGAAGUCACCAUUGCAGAUGCCUAA